UCCAAUAAUAUUUUAAUACCUUUAGUCCAUUUUUGGUAUCACUCCUUUAGGCGCAGCUAUCACAAUCGAAUUGGUAUGUAUUAUCAUUUGGCGUUUGUAAAUUUGCAUAUGAAUUAUCAAACGUUUUUAAGUUUUUUUUUGCAUUUCAAAAUUAUCAGUCCAGCGGUAAAAAAAAAAUUUAAAUAUCGGGUUCUUUUCCUUGACUCUAUUUGUGGCGCAGUUUUUCAGGUCAGCAACGUUAAAAAUGUUAAAAUUUUUCUUUAGGCUCUCGGUGUUUGGAUUUUUAGAAUCAGAUAUUAUCAAUAAUUUUUUAACUAAUAGUUUAACAUUGAAAUAAAGCAGGAUGUAUUUUUAAUAUUUGACUAGAUAAAAGAAAUGAUUUUUGAUAAUGUAAUAUAUCCGAAAUAAAAGAAAUUUAAUUUUUAAA